AUGCUGGUAAGUGUUGGUAACACUACCAGACUGCUAACAGUGCAGAGGAGAUCUAUCGGGCUGCUGAAUGUGAAGACUCAACAGUUUGAAGUUAUCCACACUCCAGUGCCCGACCCAGUGGCCUUGACUUUUGACGUUGCCCGAGGCUGGUACUACUGGGCUGACAACCAUGGCAGCAUUAUCAAAAGUGAUGGACGUAACAGCUGGACAAUCUACACUGGGGAACCUGGAAUCAAGGGUCUAGCUUGUGAUUGGCUGAAUGGCAACCUGUUCUGGACCAAUCUGAAGACAGAGUCGAUCUACAUGCAGGGAGCUGAUGGCAAAAGUUACACGACAGUGCUGAGCAAACACAUCCGCCCAUCAGAGUUGGUGCUUGUGCCUGUGGAGAGCUUGAUGUUCUGGAUCAAUGCCGGCCAAGGUGACAGAGUGACGAUAGAGAAGUCAUGGAUGGAUGGGUCGGAGAGAAGCACUCUGAUUGUGCUCACUGCUCAGUCGGCCCACAGCCUCACUGCUGAUGUGGCUGCCAGGAGGCUUUACUGGAUCAGCGACCUCAAGAAAUCUAUAGAGACGGUGAAGAUGGACGGGACCGGUCCUUACUCCUUCACAGGACUGUUCAACAGGAGACCGGCUCUCGGCCUGGCUGUGUUUGAAAGUUCGUUCUACUGGGUGGACGACAAAGGACUGUGGCAGGUUCCCCAGAACACACCAAACCAGAAGCAAUUUCUCUGGAAAGCCGCACUGCCGAUAUUGGCUGUUUACCACGAGCUACAGCAGCCUCAAGGUUCUUCUGCAUGUACAAAGAGUCUGUGUCACCUCUGCCAGCUAACUAAAGGCAACCCUGUCGGAUUCACCUGCGCUUGUCCAAACUCCAAAGUAUUGCUGCUUGAUGGGACGUGUGAAUAUCCGAGGUUUAUAUACGCUACCAUCAACAGCAUCAACCUGCUGGAGUUUAAAGGCAGAGAGUCCACGAAAGUCCAGCUGUUUUCCACUGACGACGGCAUCCUGUCAUUUGAUCUGGACUGGUACAGAGACUGGCUGUACUGGGCUAACCAAACUGGCCACAUCCAACGCACCAGUCUAACUCAGGUCAAGACUGAGGUGAUCCCUACGCCUUUGCCAGUUUGUCUGAUAAAAGUAGACCAGAGGAGAGGGAACAUUUAUUGGGUGUCAUGCGAGCAAAACAGCAUCGGCACCACUACAGCCGACGGCCGAUACCCACAGCAGCUGUACCACACAACAAAGGAGAUUCGAGACCUGUAUCUGGACUGGCUGAGGGGUGGCAUCCUCUGGCUGGAGGAAGACCGAGUCCUCAGCAUGAGCAUGAUGGGAGGCAAAGCCAAAGAGCUGCUGCAGUUAGCAGGAGGAGUCACAGGGAACAUCGCCUUCGACCUCAGGGCAAAUAGUCUGCUCUGGAACUCAAAAGGAGCAGGUCUGACAACGAUGAGUUUGCUGCAGGAAAAGAGCCAUCGAGCUGGUAGAAGAUGGAACAUUUCGGGCUCAGUCGUAGCUGCCUUUGAGCCCUUCCUGUUGACCCUCUCUGAUGAUGUGAUGAGACUGUGGGACCGGCGUGAUGGGAGCCUCAUACGAGAGAUGAUUGUGAGAGAUCAUGUGUUCAGUGUGAUCGCUGCAAUGACGGACGUUCCUACAGUGCCCGAUACUCCAGUCUGCAAUAAGCCCUCUAUGCUGUGCCGACACACAUCAGUCUGCAUCUCACAAGCCCAGCUGUGUGACGGUAAAAAGGACUGUCCUGAUGGAGAUGAUGAGGAUGCUUGUGUAAUGACAUGUCCAUCUAAAGAUGAUUUCAAGUGCAAGGACUCAAAGAGUUGUAUCUCAAGGAGUCUGGUAUGUGACGGUCGUUCUCAUUGUCGUGAUGGCUCAGAUGAGGUCAACUGUCCGACCAUAGCUUCUCCUGCAGCUCGGGCAAACGUCCUGAAGUGUCGCACGGGCUCGAAGCCAUGCAAAGACGGCACAGAGUUCUCCUACAGCUCAGGCUAA